GGAGGCCGGCUCAGCUGGUCCCCCCGCCUCCCUCCCUCCCUUCUUCCCGCCUUCCUCCCUGCUCAGCCGGCGGCUGGGGGUCUGGGCCAGCAACAAGUCAAUAUCGCAGACAUGGGCCAGGGAGCCAGAGGCUGCCUGGAGGUCUAGGGUUGGUGAGUUGCCGGCGAGGCUGCAGGACACAGGGUCACCAUGGGGACAGCCACCCUGGGUCCCCUCUGCACAGUGCUUCUGCUCCGUCUCGUGGUAUGUGGGGUCCCCACUGAGGAGUCCACGUCGGGGGAGGCUGUGAUCUCCGGCCCCACUGGGGGGUGCCGACGGUGCUGUGAUCCUCAGGACCCCCAGGCUGACACCACAGACAUGGCCUCCACCUCUCCAUCUGCCCUCCCCUACGUCCUGCCUGAGGUCAGACCCUACAUCAACAUCACCAUUCUGAAGGGUGACAAAGGGGAGCGGGGGCCGUUGGGUGCCCCAGGGAAAUCGGGAAAGGAGGGUCCCCGGGGGGACCGUGGCCCACAGGGUACCAAGGGUGCCAAGGGCCAGGCUGGCAGCCCUGGCGGUCCAUGCCAGAGGCGCUUCUCAGCCUUCUCAGUGGGCCGCAAGGCGGCUCUGCACAGCAGCGAGGGCUUCCAGCCGCUGCUCUUCGACACGGUCUUCGUCAACCCCGAUGGCCACUUUGACAUGGCCGCUGGCCACUUUGCUGCGCCGAUGCGGGGCCUCUACUUCUUCAGCCUCAAUGUGCACAGCUGGAACUUCAAGGAGACCUAUGUGCACGUUGUGCACAAUGACGAGGCGGCCGUGAUCCUGUACGCACAGCCCAGCGACCGCAGCAUCAUGCAGAGCCAGAGCGUGGUGCUGGCCCUGGCGCCUGGCGACCGUGUCUGGGUACGCCUCUUCAAGCGCGAGCGGGAGAACGCAAUCUAUAGUGACAACGUGGACACCUAUAUCACCUUCAGCGGCCACCUCGUCCAGCCCCAGGAUGACUGAGCUUUCCCUAGCCCCUGCCCAUGUCCUGGGCCUGGCAGCGCCGGGCUGUACCUCUAUAGAGUUGGGGGGACCCCCUUGUUUCUCCUUAUCACC